UAUCUCUAUCCCUAUCCCUAUCUCUAUACCCAUCUCCAUCUCCAUCUUCAUCUUCCCCAUCUUUCUCGUAUUUGCUGUCACCUCUAUCUCGCUAUGGAGAGGAAACACGAAAGAAAAGGUGAAAUCUUUGCCGGUGGUCGGAUAUCGGACCAGAUGGGUGAAUUUGAAGUGAUUUGUGCUGAUAUCAGCUCCGAUGUUGAAAUUGAUGAAAUAAGGUGCCACAACAUGGUUGAGAAAGACGUGAGUGAUGAAGAAAUUGAAGCUGAAGACUUGGAGAGACGAAUGUGGAAAGACCGUAUCAAACUAAAGAGGAUUAAGGAAACACAGAAACUUGCUGCUAAACAGGCUGUAGAUCAACAGAAAGCUAAACCUUCUUCAGAUCAAGCUCAGCGUAAGAAAAUGUCAAGAGCACAAGAUGGAAUAUUGAAAUACAUGUUGAAGCUGGUUGAAGUAUGCAAAGCAAGAGGUUUUGUCUAUGGGAUAAUUCCUGAGAAAGGUAAACCAGUGAGUGGUUCUUCUGAUAAUAUUCGAGCUUGGUGGAAAGAAAAGGUGAAAUUCGAUAAGAAUGGGCCUGCUGCGAUUACCAAAUACGAAUCAGAAUGUCAAGAAAAAGCCAAAGCUAAUGGAAUCCUAAAUGGAAACUCACAGGCAGCAGUUCUUCAAGAUUUGCAAGACGCGACUUUAGGUUCUCUUUUAUCGUCGUUAAUGCAACAUUGCAAUCCUCCUCAAAGAAAAUACCCAUUAGAGAAACUAACACCCCCACCAUGGUGGCCAAACGGGGAAGAAGACUGGUGGCAAAAACUUGGAUUACCGAAAUCCCAACCCCCUCCAUACAAAAAGCCACACGAUUUGAAAAAGAUGUGGAAAGUUGGUGUUUUAACUGCUGUUAUAAAGCACAUGUCACCCGAUUUCGCAAAGAUCACAAGGCUAAUUCGACGAUCCAAAUGUUUACAAGAUAAGAUGACUGCCAAAGAGAGUUCGAUUUGGUUGGCUGUUCUGAACAGAGAGGAAUCCCUUAUCCAAAUUCAGGUCCAGCUUCAGCAGCCUAGUAGUGAUAAUGGUAACUCCUCAGAGCUAACUGAAACACCUCCAGGUGGCCGUGGUGAGAAAAAGAGACGACCUUCCAUUAGUAGUUAUAGUGAUUAUGAUGUCCAAUUGGCGGAUGAUGGAUUCGGUUCUGUUUCUUCAAAAGACGACAGGAUUGAUAGGCAGCAGUUACCGCGAAAGCGAAGAGCUCGUGGGAAGUUAAGUAAUAACAAACGGGCUGAAAAGGAAAAGGGUUCUGAUUUACUAAUAGAUAACCCGGAAAGGAAUUAUGUUAAUACCGAGUUGGUGGAUAAAGAUGCUGUUGAUGACCAUUUUACAAACCUUCCUUCUUCAGCUGGAAUUAGGUUUACAGAAUGUCCAACAAUGUCAUGUGAUUUUCAGAACCAGACUCGGUUUCCUAGUUCUCAAAACCCUAGUCUUCUAUUUGAACCCCAAAACAUUGGUUGGAAUCGUGAUCAUCAGCAGAAUCCAGCUGUUUAUGGUUCGUAUAACGUUUCGUCGUCUGGUUUCACACCUGAGAUGAUGACAAUAGCAGAACCUUGGAUUGUGACGGAGAAUAAUAGUCAUAAUAAUAUACAGCAGCCAUUGCAAAGAAAUGAAAAUGGUAUUCUUCGCGUAGAAGAAGGCGGUGGGAUGGGUAGAAGUUACAUAAUGAAUGAGCAAGAGAAAUCGAUUGGUUCGCCCAUGAAUAGUUUAUCGUUGGAUUUCGGGGGAUUCAACAGUCCGUUUGAUCUUGGAAUUGAUGGUACAAGUGAUAUAGACUUUUUGCUGGAAGAUGAUUUGAUUCAAUGCUUUGGAGCAUAGUUUGACAAAUAUCAUUCACUUCAUAAUAUUAGACUACUGUAAGUGUAUGUAUAUCUUCCUAAAUCUCUUGGGUUUUAACUUUGAAGAAUGGAUCACUUUCUUGGAAAAUCAUUAUAUAUUGUUGACAUAUAUACAAAAGAUUAGUUGCAUCAAAUGCAGUGUUAUUCAAUUGAUAUAAUAGUCCCUUAAUUUAAGGGUUAACUUAGAUCAGAAUCUUUUUGGGAAACACUUGUUUUCUCAAUUUGUAUCUGCUACUGAAACCUUAUGUUCAAUUAAUCUGUGUCAGGUUACAUGUU